CUGGCAUCACCGUGAGGUCCCCUUUUUCUUCUCCCGGGGGUGGGGGGGCGGGUAAAACACACGCACACACACACCCCUCCCCAGCCCUUUGCAUUGGGGCCAAGGCCACAGCCCGGCUCGGGCGCUCCCUCCCCGCCCCAUCUUCUGUGGAAUUAAGACAUUGGGCUGGAAGGAGAGAAGGACAGACGUGCCGACGGAGACCCCACCUGGAGCGCGGUCCGGAAAUGGGUGGGACCCGGCCGGCCUCCACAGCCACUGCCCACUUCAGCUUCUGCCGGACCCUCCUGGAGCACACAAUGUCAGCUGAGAGCAUCCCCUGCCACUUGCCUAGGACUCCAGGCACCAGCCUCACCUGGCAUGACUCACGAAGCCAGAGGGCAGCUGGUGGCCGGCCAGUCAAGCUCCUGCAGCAGCCUGGCACAGAGGCCCCCCAGGUACCCAGCUAUCAUCCCCAUUCAGCCCCGGCCCUCCCCACCGCUGCACUGCAUCUGCUGCCCUCUCCCCCACAGGGCCGGCUGUACUCUGACCACUGCGGCCUGUACCACACGAGCCCCUCACUGGGUGGCCUGACGAGGCCUGUGGUCCUGUGGAGUCAGCAGGACGUCUGCAAGUGGCUCAAGAAGCACUGUCCCCACAACUACCUCGUCUACGUGGAGGCCUUCUCCCAGCACGCCAUCACCGGCCGGGCACUGCUUCGGUUGAAUGCGGAGAAGCUGCAGCGGAUGGGACUGACACAGGAGGCCCAAAGGCAGGAGGUGCUGCAGCAGGUGCUGCGCCUACAGGUGCGCGAGGAGGGGCGGAGCCUGCAGCUGCUUAGCCAAGCUUCCUUCGGACACAUGUCCUAGUUGCUGCCCGAGGCUUGAACCCCAGACCCCAGCACUGUGACCAGAGCCCAUGGCAAAGAUGCGGCACAGCCCUUCUCGGACCUCCAGGAGUCCCCAAGGGCCAAGCCUGGCCCAAAGGAAGGUGGGACCAGGAUUGUCACCUCAGCCACCUCUGGUUGUGCACUGUGGGCUAUGUCUGGGAUUGGGCAGGUGGGGGCUUCCUGAGUAUAUGCUCACCUCCCAGGACCUGGACCCAAGCCCAAACCCUGGUGCUGCUGGCAGCAUUUGGGGCAACCACCUGGAGCCAGAGCGGGGUUUGGAUGUUUCCCCAGGCUCCCAGGGAGUGUUUAUUUAUAUUCCUUCACUCACAUCCUCUGGGCAUCCUGUCCUCUCCCAGGACAAGAGAGCUGUCUGCCACUCGUCCAGUUCCACACCCUCCCAGCACCUGGAGGACUACCCACAGAGGUGGGAUACACUGCCAGGCUCUGUGUACUAUGUGCCCACUCCCUGCCCUUGCCCAGGCCCGCAGGCCCACCCUGCUGUCCAGGUUAUGGUCAUCAGUGUCCACCGGCCAAGCACCCUGCCCAGCACCUUCACUCAUUAUUUUAUGAGACCCUCACAUGCCGGCAUCUACUCAUGGGAACUGAGGAGGGGGAGGUUCAGGAUUGCCCAAGAGCCUAGGACCUAACAGGGCACGAUAGGGACCCACACCAGAACAGGCAGGUGGCAUGAGAGGGAGGGACCCACACCAGCACGGGCGGCCUGAUCCUGGCCUUAGAUUUGGGAAAGCUUCCCUCCUCUCAGGUUCAUGGCACCACCCUGAAGGCACAGUGAUGGGCGGGCAUUCCCACUGUCCCUUUCCAGGGAAAAUCUGGAUUCUCAUAAGAGACAUCCCAUGCUGCCCACUGGAGACCCAGCCGGUGGUGACAAGCACUCCCAGAGGGCUGCGGUGGGCGGGGCUGCCGGCAGGGGGUCAGCCAGGCAGUCCUGAGCCUCCUGCCUCCUGGUCCCUGCUCGCCGCUCCUCUGGGGGACUCAGACCCUCUGGCAGACGAGGCUGAGCCCCCAGCCUGCUCUGUGCCCUGAGCUGGUUUCAGGUCCCACGUGGAAUCUGGAUAACUGGCCUGGUGCCCAGCCCCCCAUGGAAAGUCCCGUCCUGUCUGGCUGCCCUGAGUGUCCCCCACUUUGUGUCAUUGCAAUGUUGCCCUUUCCAGAGGGCCCUCCCAUCUCUGCCCCCUUCUCCCUCCUUUGUCUUGCCCUCCAAGCUCGUCUUGUCUUGUUUUGCGUUCACUUUUUUAUAUUCUGAUAAAAAGACCAGAAAUAAACCUGGUUCUCAAGUG